CGAAGAAGCAGACAAAGCGUGCUCGUUCGUUACGUGCUCGUUCGUUGCGUGCGGCUGUGUCGUCCCCGUCUCUUCGCAGAGACCCAAGCGUCCCCAUUCGCCAUGCAGCCGAUCAUUCCUUCGAUUCCUCGCCAGGAACCCGCCAUUCCCCCCACUAUACCAAAGCUUCCCCCACCACCACAGCGGGGAGACCCGAGGCCCAUGAACGUGGCACCCAACGUACCUGGCCCCGUCUCCGCUGUGGCCACCCCUGCUCGUCUAUCCCCCGUCGUAACCACGCCACGACUGCCUCAGCCGCCACCGCCACCACUGCCGCCGCCGCCGCCGCCAAUGCCAGCACAGUUCAUGCCAAAUAUGGAAACGACCAAUACGCAGACGCAACGAACUCAAGGUCAAUCACGCUGAUUUUGCUGAAAUUGGUAAUCGUCGUUCUGUUCCUGCUUCUUCUUGUGGCGAUGCUCUUGGCCUUAGUAGUCUAUUACCGAGAACCUGAAAGAGACGAAGAUGUAGAGGAUGAUACAACAGUUGGCGCUGUAACGGAGCCGACCAUGAGAACAAAGCUGAGACCCCACUACACCACAUCGAAAGACCUGCCGGUGACGCCUGGAACGAUUCCGACCCCCAGCACCACGACAACAAUCAAGCCUAUGAUCUGCACGGUGAGCGACACGCUUAGCAUCGAAGACCCCAUCACCGAGGGCAUCUGCGAUUACGCUAUCUUCUCCGAUCUGACCGUAGUCGAUGGUGACCUGAAACCCGUCCAGGGACGCUACGCAUGGGAGGUAUUCAAGAAGGCAAUCUCUCAUUCUGACAGGACGCUGGGAGGCGUGAGCUUCUCCUCGCAUAAGGCCAUGGAACGCGAAGGAACAAUGCGUAAGCUGAGAAGCGUUAAGGACAAGCUUCUUGAGCUGGUCGUAGACUACAAGAUGCUCGCCUUGGGUAUGCUGGGCUUCAGGCACGACUUCUCGCAGCGCGAGGACGUGUUCGGAAAGACGUUCGAGUACCUGAAAGCAGCUCUCGAGCUUAGGGACGGUUCCAUGACCUUUCUCGGCCUGUGGUUCAUCACAGCAAAAAACGCGGAGGCGUUCGCGAAGCUUCUCGGCAACACACAAUCCAUCGACUUUAUCAUCAUACAGACCCACAUAACAAUGACUGCGCAAAACGGGUCUUGCUACGCUUACAUGAUCAGCGAGGGCAAGGAAUUCGGCGAUGUACCGAAUUUCGCGACGGCUGAGGUGGCCUUGAGACGUCUGCGGGAGGUCGGGGUCGACGGCCUUCGAGUGCUUUUCUCGUCGAGCAUGGCCGUGAUGGCGUACGUGAGCGCCAAGGGGUCGCCCAGCGUCGGCCCACGCAGAAGGAAGUGCGAUCGUUCCUUCUUAGCCGAUAUCGACUCUGUUUGCCGCGAGACGCUCGGCUACCUGCAGUCCGAGUACUGGCCGGACGACAUGUCCGAGUCCAUCACAUUCCGAGAGUUCGGGAGCGGCUACAUGUUUGUCUUCGAAAGCAUCAACUCGCUCAAUGGCAAGGCAACUCGCUACGGAAACAUGACAGAUGGCUGGGCGUUUUUCGAAAUCCAGCGCGACGUAUACUGGCCAUGCAGUACUGGUCGCGCGUACGGACGUGUCAAGCACGGCAUCUCCGUAAUGCGGGGCAAGCGGUCAGCAAUAAAAUCGGCCGCAUAGUGGCAGUUGCGUUAAUCAA